AUGCAAAAUAAUCAAAUAGCUUUUCAAGAUGCUAUAGCGCGUGCUCAACAAGUCGCUCAAAAAUUAGCAGCAUCAGCACCAAAUGCUAAUAAAAAUUCUCCGUUGAAACGACCAAAUAGUGAAGAAGAUAGUUCGGCAAAACGUGCAGCAAACAAUUCUCCAACGCAAACAAAUUCUUUACCACCACCUGUAUUACGUGCACAACAGAUAGCACAACAAAUAAAUUCGCAAUUAGGUGUAAAAACAUCAAAUGAUUCAAUAUCAUUACCACUUUCAAAUCAAUUAACAUUUCAAGAGGAUUAUAAAAUUCCUGAUAAAUUUGUCGGUCUUAUUAUUGGUAAAGGUGGUGAACAAAUAAUUCGACUUCAAGCUGAAAGUGGUUGUAAAGUACAAAUAUGUCAAUUACGACCAGAACCUUUACCUGGCGGUCCUAAUCCCCCUGAUCGUUUAGCAAAUUUAUGUGGUACAAGAGACGCUAUUGAAAGAGCUAAACGUAUAAUGGAUGAUAUUAUAUCAAGGGGAAAAAUGACUGAAAGUGGUUCAACAAGUAUUAAUCCAUAUUCAAUGGGAGGAACGAAUAUUAAAACAAUUGAUGUUAUGUUACCAUCAGCUAAAUGUGGUUUAGUUAUUGGUAAAGGUGGUGAAAAUAUUAAGCGAGUAUCUGAAGAAUUCGGUGUUAAAAUGUAUGUUGUUCAAGAUUCAGCAGAUGUUGAUGGAAUUGAACAUAAACCAUUACGAAUUAUGGGUGAAUCUGAUCGAGUUGAGCGUGCUAAACAAUAUGUACUUGAUUCAUUAUCAAAAUCAGGUGGUUUACCUAACUCAACAAAUCGUUUUAAUGCCAAUCAAAAUAGCACAACAUUAAAUGAUUCGAACUCACGAAUGGGUAAUACACCCAUAACUGGCCCAUGUAAUGAAGCAAUUUAUCAUGUACCUUAUGAUAAAGCUGGAAUUAUUAUUGGCAAAGGUGGUGAAAGUAUUAAAGAAAUUAAUCGAAGAUCAGGAGCUUUCGUUGAACUUGAUAAAACUCAUAUGGCAACAGUAGGAAAUUCAUCUGAGAGAGUAUUUAAAUUACGUGGUACACCUGAACAAAUAGCUACAGCACAACAAUUAAUGUAUGAAAAAGUUGUGAAUAGUCCUGGUGGUCCUGGUGAUAUGUUAACACCAAUACUAUUCCAACAACAAUUUAAUUUACCAUUACUUGGAACGAAUCCAAUCGAAACAUGGAAUAAUAAUAAUGAUCAAUAUGGAAAUAGUACAAAUAAUAAUGAUCCUUAUAGCCAAUGGGCAAAUGCUUAUGGACAAUGGCCACAAUUAAAUUCCUAUGAUCAAAGUACAUCAAAAAAUGAUAAUAAUUCACCAGCAUCAAAAACUACUGCUUCAGACAUGACACAAAUGGAUCCAACUUGGUUAGCUUAUUAUCAACAAAUGAAUUAUUAUAAUAUGAUGCAAUCAAGCAUGACAGGAAAUACAUCGACUAGUACAACUGCAACAAAAUCAACAGAUUCAACAGUAAAUACAAAUAAUACUAGUUCGACAGCAGCAGGGAUAAAUCCAACCACUGGACAGCCAGAUUAUAGUCAACAAUGGAUUGAAUAUUAUCGAUCAAUCGGACAAAAUGAAUUGGCUGAUGAAAUCGCUCGACAAAUGAAAGCGUCUAAUUCCAAUACAGCAUCUGCAACCACAACUAAUUCAACUACAAAUGCAGCACAAGCAACAGCUACUGCUAUGAUGAUGUCAGCGAGUAAUCCUUGGGCUGCUUAUGCUCAGCAAUGGGUCGAUGCAGCAGCAUCGAACACUACAAAUGGGACUAAUUCAUCAACAACAUCUUCUUAA